AUGUGCGAUUUGAAGCAUAAUGUUCAAUUAAAAAACGUACAGCAAGGUGAAGUGUUUAAUUAUUCUACCAUCUUACUGAAGGGCGAUCUAGCGAACCCAUGUUGCGGUGGGAUAUUUCGCAUCGUGUCCGACAAUUGCGAAUCCGUCCCAUUUUCCGUCGCGAUAGAGAAAGCCGUCGGUAGUGAAGGUGAGAGCAAGCAAGUCAUUCGCAAGUUUCGCAUUCUGUUAAGACUUUCUCCCGGUGAACAUCAGUACGCGGUGCAGUACUGCAGCACGCAAACAAGUGUCCGCUUAGUGUACACAGCUCCGGAGAGACGGUUUACUGUGGCCCCCGUUUACAUCAUCUGCAAAGGACACAGCGGUCGCUAUCAGUCCAGUGAAAACGAUGCGCACAACGAUAGUGAGCACGCGUGUCGCAAAAUAACGCUUGCCAUCGAGCUGCUCCAGUGUUUGUACGCGGAAAAGCUGCGGGAGCAUGGUUUCGGUCGCAAAACGUUCGCGCUCGAGGCACCGUGCCGUCCGUUCUACGCUGAGCUGGAGUGGGCUCAAUCUACCACCAUGACGGAAGAUGCCCUUUGGCACCGGUUCGCUGGCGAGCUGGUGCACCGCAAACACUACGACAUGGAGCGGGUGAAGGUGGUCGGCUUUCUGAGCAGUACGCACUUUGAAGGCAUCAGCGAUGGUGACUAUUCGUACGAGAACAUCCGGAAGCGCACGACCGGCCAUGCGGCACUGGGUGGCGGCGGGUUGGCCCUGUUCGGUACCGGGUGUCUCUACACGUGGCCCUCGACGCUGGAGACGGUUUGCGAUGCACUGCUAAGCGAGCAGCCGAUCGAUUGCGCCAAACUGCUGGACGAUAGCAACUACAGACGCACGUAUGGCGGAUGCUUUGCCACCACCCUCGGCUCGGUUUGCCACGAGAUGGGCCAUACGUUCGAUCUCGGUCACACCCCGGACGGGUCCAUCAUGGGCGAUGGGUUCGAUGCCAUCGACAACGUGUUUGUUGGGGCAGCUGGAGGCCGUGCGCUGGGUGCGAACGGACCGAAACGCCUCAUCGCUACCAAACCGGGCGGUCUGGCCGGUAGACUGACGCAGCUGAAACGCCCAGGCGAGGUGCUACGGCAGCGACUGGAAGCGAAGCAAAACGAUGGUGUCUUUUUUGCGCCCACAAGUGCACUGACGCUCAGCUAUCAUCGAUGGUUCAACGACGCGCGGAAGGGUUGCGGUGGUGGGUCAAUGAAUUUUGAUAACACCACCAGAACGGUGUCGUGCAACGGGUCGAGCAUCGUUUUGGUGGAAUUACGCUCCACCGACAGUGGAAUGAUGCAAAAAUGUUGGACGUUCCAGGAGCAGCAGCAGUCUCGACCCAUCUCAUUUACGCUUCCCAGGCUAGCAAACCUACCAGACCUGACGUUGUUUGUCGUGGACACUGCGGGGAGCAUUCUAAAGAUAGAUCUUAACAGUAUUAACCAAGCAUAAAUAGACGAAGCACAAACAGAAGCGUGAUAAAACAGGACUUUUGCUAGCUGCACUGAAAGGGCAAGCUAAAAUAAAACCCUUUCUAGUUGCAUUAGCGUUUAAAUAAUUAAUUAAAAUUGAAA